AUGAAUAUUCUUGGAAUGAUUUUCUCAAUGUGUGGUCUAAUGAUGAGGCUUAAAUGGUGUGCUUGGAUGGCUGUGUUCUGUUCAAGUAUCAGUUUUGCUAACUCAAGAGUUUCUGAUGACACAAAACAGAUUGUAAGUUCAUUUAUGCUUUCCAUAUCAGCUGUUGUCAUGUCAUACUUACAAAAUCCUGCACCAAUGUCUUCUCCAUGGGCUGCUCUAACAACUUAG